AAGGUAUGUGGCAGUCAUACAAAGCUGGUUUUACAAGCUGCACCGUACAAAAUGUUAUGAAAGAAGUAAAAAUUCGGAUUAUUUAUAAUUGUUUAAUUCAAUUUGUGAUAUUUUAUUAGUGGGUGACGUUUUUUUUUGUUUUAUUUCAAAACAUUCGUUUCGGAUUAACGUCGUUAACAUAAGAUAACAAAAUGAGUAUACUGGGAAUGGUCUCUGCCGUAGCGGGCUUUGUGAAAGUCCGCUACCUUGUUGAUAGAGCAAUUAUCGACAACAUGGUCUUUCGUGCACACUACAGAAUCACUUCGGCGCUGCUAUUCGUUUCCUGUAUUAUAAUAACCGCAAAUAAUUUAAUCGGUGAUCCAAUACAAUGCAUAAACGAUGGAGGGGUAGCAACACACGUCAUUAACACAUACUGUUGGAUUACGCAUACCUUCACACUGCCGCACGAACAGGGACGGGUGGGUUACCAUGUGGCUCACCCCGGAUUGGGUAACGAGAAUCAGGAGAAGCGUUACCACAGCUACUACCAGUGGGUGCCAUUCGUCCUAUUCUUCCAGGGUGUUCUCUUCUAUUUGCCACACUGGGUGUGGAAGAACUGGGAAGAAGGCAAAGUUAGAAUGAUUUCCGAGGGAAUGCGUGGUGCAAUGGUGGGCGGCAGAGAAGAACGAGUAGGGCGCCAAUCUCGCCUAGUCCAGUACCUAGUGGAAACUAUACACAUGCACAACUCCUACGCGUUCGGAUACUUCUUCUGCGAGGCUCUCAACUUUGUGAACGUGCUCGUCAACAUCUUCGCAACAGACAAGUUCCUAGGGGGUACCUUCUUGGAAUACGGCACACAGGUGGUAGCAUUCUCAAAUCAAAACCAAGAAAACCGGACCGAUCCCAUGGUCGCCGUCUUCCCUCGUGUUACAAAGUGCACAUUCCACAAAUACGGCCCAUCGGGAUCAAUACAAAAACACGACGCCUUAUGCGUGUUAGCCUUAAACAUUCUCAACGAGAAGAUCUACAUUUUCCUCUGGUUCUGGUUCAUCAUCUUAGCUGUACUUAGCGGUGUGGCGCUGAUCUACUCGGCCGCAGUGGUGCUCCUACCCCGGACUCGAGAAGCAAUCUUAAAGAGACGCUUUCGAUUUGGCAGUCAAGAGGCUGUCGACACAAUUAUUAGAAGGACUCAGGUUGGGGACUUCUUGGUGAUACAUUUGUUAGGACAAAAUAUGAAUCUCUUAGUAUUCGGUGAAAUUUUGGACGAAUUAGUUAGACGUAUGAAUUUUGGUAGUAAUAGUAAUUUACCUUCGGCCCCGUCGACGCUCGAAAUGAGUCCCAUUUAUCCAGAAAUAGAAAAAUUUGGAAAGGAAACGGAAACAUAAACCCCCGACAACAUGUGAAAUAUACUACUUAUUAGACGUAGUCGAUUACAAACGAAAAUAAUUAUUUAGAUUUAGUUCCGUUUUCGUUAAUUGCCAUAGAGUUUAGAUCUCUCCAAGUAUUUACUCUUUAUUGUGAUUUUUUACGUGAACAAUUGUGCUUUGCUCAAUUCUAUAACUGCAUUGGUAUUUCAGUACACUCAUCCAUAGUGUAUUUAUUAUUAUGCUUAUAUUUUAUUAUUAUUAAGACUGUAUUUUUUUAAUUGACUUAGGAAACAAUGUAAGUUCGGAGUCUUUCAAAUAAAAAAACAUUUUUGUAAA